AUGAAGACAAGAUCUAUGAAUGACAAUUACAUAUAUACCCCAAAAGCAGUCAAACACAACUCAAAAAGAAAAACGACACAAAAAUACGACCCUUAUCUGAGUGAAGACAGCGACAUCUCAAACUCAUACUCAACAGAAGGGUCUCCAUCUUUUAAAUUCCAUGGGUCAAAAAAGCGAAAUAGAAAGACUGAUCUUCAAAUCAGCAUUUUGCGAAAAGAAUACGAGAUCAACCCACACUGAACCAAAGAGCAGGUGGCAGAACUCGUGGCAAAAACUGGUCUAACUGAAGCCCAGGUGUACAAAUGGGGAUGGGACUAUAAAAAAAAGCUGAAAACUGAAGAGAGUUAUACUCAAUUACAGAGCCUUAUUUUUAUAUCAGCAAAAGCUUGUCCCAUUUUUAAAAAAAAUAAUAAAAAGCUAUAAUACAGAAGAUUUUAGUCCUUAAUGAGGCAUAUCAGAACAGAGUUUGCUUGUAUUGUGAAGAAAGUAUUGUCCCGAGUAUGAUGGAAUACGAAAUUUUUCAGAUUCAGCAAAUGUAUAAAGCUUCAUUGUCAAGCUUUAAAGAAAUAGUGAGCCCAUCUCUGUUUUUACGCAGUCCUUGUAAAGUAUAA